AUGGCGACCGGUGAGAGGGGAUCAAAUUUAGGGUUGCUCAGGACGUAUUUGAUUCUGGACCAAGGCGACACGCACACGACUCGCCAUGGAGACUGUCUCAGACUGUGUACUUACAACGCGAGACUAGUGUCCAUAGACUCUGACCUGCAUGCCCUUCUCGGAGCUCCAGAGCGUAACAAAUUUCACGUGAUUACUCUGGAGGAGACUAAGUACAGAGGGAGCGACGUACGACAGAUGAAUGACGGUACACUCUCCAUUCGUGGAGAGAAGGUUCCGUCGCGAAAUGUGGGCGGUGUUGGUUUUGUUAUGCACCCACCGGCCGUCCAUCUUGUCGAUUCUCACGAGAUCCUAUCGCCUCGUAUGGCCAUUCUUCGCCUCCGCCCUUUGCGCCAAAAACCUGUCAGCAGUAUCAACUGCUACUCACCAACAUAA